ACGUCUGCGGCGGCCGGCGGAGGGGACGCGGAGCCUCUGGCGCCCGCCCGCCUGCGCACGCUGCUCCUGUGCCUGUGCGCCGCCCGGCGCCACGGGGCCUUCGACGACGUCGAGGACCACGGCGACGAGGACGACGUGGACGUGGCGGGCUCGUGGAAGGGCGUGCUGUCGUACGAGCUGCUGCUGCGGUGCGCGACGCACGCGUCGGACGAGGUGCGGCUGGGCGCGCUGGCGCUGGCGGCGGAGGCGCACCGCAGCACGGAGGCGCCGUCGCGCGGGGAGCUGCGG